AUGAAUGCUAAUGUUUCUGACCUAGUGAGUCAAUUCAACUUCUCUAAGUUAUUAAAGACUGAUCCCCAAACCAAAUCAAUUGUAUUACUUGGUAAAAUCAAUUCUGACGAUGCUAUAAUUUCUAUUGAAAAGUCUCAUUUCAUCACCGAUGAGUCUGAUGUUAAGGUUAACGAGUUGGUAGAGAACUUGCAAAUAAUAAAUCAUAACGAUGUAUAUUACUGGUCACUGGCCUUGCUUGCCCAGUCCUUACCUGAUUUUCCCUCAGGUAAACUUAACAUGAUAUACCCAGCUACAGAAACCCACAUUAAGAAGUACGGCCAACAAAACUUCCAUUAUGUAUUGGAAACACCAGAAACAUAUCAAAAGUUUGUAAAGCCUUAUAUAGAAUCAAUGAAAGGUGAUAGAAUAAAAUGGGUGUAUAAUAUUUUGUUUGAAGGAAAAGAGUCAGAGACAUUUAUAUACCACGAUAAGGACCCACAGGAGGGAUUCGUACUUUUGCCAGAUAUGAAAUGGGACAAAAUAAAUAUGGACUCCUUAUAUCUUUGUUGCAUAGUCAACAGAACUGAUAUUUCUUCUGUUAGAGAUUUGAAUGGUUCACAUCUUUCAUUUUUGAUAAACGUUCAGAAUAAAAUACGAAAGAUUGCUAGCAAAACAUUCCCAAUUAAACCUGAUGAAUUGAGAAUAUUUAUCCACUAUCAGCCAUCAUAUUAUCAUUUCCACAUUCAUAUUGUAAACGUCAAGCACCCGGGUUUAGGGGACGGAAUUGCAGUGGGCAAAGCGAUUUUAUUAGACGAUAUUAUUGAAAAUAUCAAGUUUAGAAAUGACUAUUACAUGCAGCGCAAUAUUGGUUAUUUGAUCGGAGAGAACCAUGGCUUAUGGAAUGAUGAAGGGUUUAGAGAGUCACAUUAUGCCCAUCUAAGAGAUAAUGGAUUAAUUUAA